AUAAAAUAUAAUAACAGAAUAAAAAAAAAUAACUGUACAAGUGGAUAUAAUUAUAAUACAUAAUUGUAAAUUUGCGAAUGUUAUUCCGAAUUUACUUCAUCGUCAUUGGACUCCAAUCGCUGUCAUCAGGUAACAAAGUCAAAAUAAUUGGCUCCAACAUGCUUUCUCUCAUAAUUUCUUUUUCAUUAUCUGUGUCUUGCAAUUCUUCGGCAUGUCACACAUACUUCUCCCAAUCGUGUUGAGUAAUCGAAUCCAAAUAAUCCAAUGCUUGGUGAGUCAAUUUUUCAAUAUCAACCAUUUUAAAUGUUGUAUUGUUUUUCGCCACUUGAGUUUUUAUCUGGAACCAUUUUAUCUCAAUUGGAUUGUAUUGGCAAUGGUACGGUGGAAGACAAAUUACUUCGUGGCCCAUUUCCAAUGCCAAUACAUUCAAUUAAUAUUUUUUUUCAAAUGGUAUUAAUGCCUUAACUCUCAGUCUAAGUUCAGUUAGAUUUUUUAAUGCUGAAAAACAGACAUUUUUUUGGUCAACCAAGCCUGCACAUCUGCUUUUCGCGUAUUACUUUUGUGAAAGUUAUCGAUGAGGGUUGAAUAAUAGGAUGCAUUAUCCAUAACAAUCACAGACGGUUCUUCAAGGUUCUUCAACAUUUGGAUGAACCAAGAUUUGAAUACUUCAGAUUUUAUUUGGCUAUGGUAAUCCAUAAAGUUGCCAAUAUUACUACGGAAAACCAAUUUUGAAUUCUGAAUUCUGAAUUGGCACAUCCUGCGUGAACAAUUAUAAGACAUCCGCCUUUUCUAAUAGGGAUUUUCGGACCCACCAUAUUAUCAUCUUGCCAUGCAAUGCUCCUCUAAUGAUUUUGAUUUACCCACGUUUCAUCAACAUACACUGCAAUAGGUCGAGAAUCUUUAUUUUGGCGCAUUGUACAAAUGUAUCUUAAAAAUUCACAUCUGAGCGCAACUAUAUCGUUACGCUCCAUCAAAAAUUUACGACUGUCAAUACAUUUUUUAUAAAAAAAUUUUAAAUUACUUAGGAGUCUUUUAAUUGAACUUACACUUCCUGAGUAAUUAAUUUUGCUCUUGACAGUAUUAAGUAUUAAUUGUGAUCUAGGAUACUCGCCACUGUCGUAAAAUUCAUGAAUCGUUCUCCUUAUACCACAUCACUGUCGAAAUCAUCCAACUUUGAGACAUACAUUGCCCGCUUGUAUGACUUACGUAGAGAUGAAAAAGAAGGGCCCGUCUCAGGUAAUUUAUCAAUUUUCUUUACUUCUGAGCAAAUACACUGAAUGGAGUGUUUCUAUAUUCCGUAAGCCUCAACAGUAAUGUCUUACGUUUUUCGAAAAAAAGUUGGUGCUGCAAGUUCUUUUGAUUUCGAUAGUUUUUUAAAAUAUAAAUAAACUUUAUAAACUAUUUUUUUUACUUUGGCUAUGCAGAUCUUUAUCUUUAAAUGACAUUUUAUUGUAAAAAAGAAGUAAUAAAUAUGCGAAACACUAAGUAUUUAAAAAAAGAAUAUAUUAGUAACGUAUUACGACCGUAAACGCACGUGUACACAACACUGAACACACUAUAAUGCAAAGAAAACACUAUACCACAAGUAGAUGCGAAUACAACUUAACAUACCAUACAUGCCACCCGUCCUUUAUAUAUAGGUUUUAAAACAUUUAAAGUUAAACGAGGAAUGUGGUCCAUAGGAUGCAUAAAGUUUGAAAACGAACAAUAACGCCAAUAGUUCGUGCUGGGCCGCCGUCGUUCCGAAUCGCAACAAUAAAAUGAGAACAUUGAGAACCACUGUCUACACGGUGGGUGACUGGGUGAGGUUCUGGUAUAGCGGAGGUUAGCCGGCACUUGUCGUGAGCCGGACGCGAAAUUUUAAAACAUGCUACGCCAGCUCAUUUAACCAUUGAUAUGCACAUGCGUGUGGACUUGCAUAUUAUUUCAUAUUAUUUUUCAAAUCAUAUCUCUGAUGUCGUAUACGCGCACGCGAAAUAUUUAUAAUUGAUAUUAUCUAUCUCGGUGGUGUCGAGUGCACAGAUAUGGAUAUCUAUACCACAGAACACUGUCUAUAGAUUCUAUGGAAGCGACACUCAUCCCUCCACUUUUAUUUUCUUAAUAAUAUCAGUGCGACAAGAAGAUGUUGUAAGCUUGGCGGUAGGACAUGAUGUUACAAACAUUUUUAUCUUUAAAACGGAUUGCUCGAGACUAGCCCGCCAAUCUUUUAAAAAAAAAGGUCACUGCAUAUUACCACUUACCACGAUUAAUCGUGCCACUUAAUAAGAUUUGUAUAACCCCUCCCCGUUCAAAAUUAUUUUUUUUAGGAUGGCGCACUCAAAAUUUUUUGUUAGGAACGCCACCAACAAGUCCCGUCUUUUUAUGUUUAUGGGUCACACUGUUACCUAAAAAAUUUAAUUGUCUGUUUUGUUAAUAUUGAGGAUUGCGGUAUUCAAUUUCGCUGACACACGUCUUGUACUCUGUUCUGAACGGUUGUUUUUUACGCCUUUGGAUUAUUUACAUGUUAUUUUUUUUCCUUGAUUUUUGUAAUCUUACAAAAUGCCGAAUAUUUGUGUUAUUUGUAAAAAUAAAGGUCAAUACGAAAUGAUAUUUCAUCAUUUUCCCAAAGAUAAAAAUCUGUGUAAUAUUUGGAUUCAUAAUAUUGGUUUAAAAGAUACAUCUAGACUUUCUCAAAAAAGAAUCUGCUCUGACCAUUUUGAUCCUACUUGUUAUUUAUUAAACACAAACCGUUUAAAAUUGAAUGCAGUUCCAAAAUUGUUCACGCCUGUUGAAAUGAACAGUGUGACUACUGAGACUGUUGAUGUACAAAAAUGUGCUACUCCUCCAUCUUUAGAACAUAUUGAUGUUACAAAUGAUUCUAUUUUAAGUCCAGUUGAAUUAUUUCCUUUAUCACCAGAACUAUUACCUGGAUGUUCAAAAAACUGUUCAACAUUAGAUAUUUCAUCAAGGCUUUCAUCAAGUUGUUCAACACCUUGUUCAGAUUCCGAAACUCAGGCUGGACUAGUUUUAUCUCAAAACACACCUAGAAAAAUGAAAUUGAAAAAAAGAUUACGUUACACUGAAAUUCAAUUAAAAUCAGCUUUAAAAGAAUGUGAUAAUCUUAAAACUAUCAAUGCAAAUCUGCAAGACCGAUUAGAUGGACCAGUGACAUUAUCAGACUUCAACAAUAUGUGUACACAUUAUUUGCUAGUAAGUCAACAAUGUUAAUUUUAUCAAAAAUCAAGCUCGAUUAUGUACAGUGAAAGCAAAAGGUAGAAGGUAUAUACCAGAACUUUAAUGUUAAAUGUAUACUUUGAACAUGCAUAUCCCCCAUGACUAUUUGUUAAACUUAUUUAUAAGAUUUAGAAUUUACACUACUUUGAUCAGAACUAACCAAAAUUUGCAAAUA